GGGAUGUAAACAGAGUUUCCUCUUCUGCGUCGACAUGCGAUAAAUAAAUUUAUUUCACCUCCUAACGGCGAAUAUCUGUGUCUGCAAUGACUUCCAGCGGAAGAGGAUCUGCUGAUUCAACGCAGCUUUCUGCCAGCGGCGACACUGAUUCCAUCAAAGUUUUCGUUCGAGUGCGACCUCUGACCCAGGGCACGGGGUUAACCACAGAUGGAGAUCAGAAUCUGUGUCUCACGGUCACCUCCCCCAACACCAUCCGUCUCCUCUCCAAACCGGAGCCACGGACCUUCAUCUACGAUCAUGUGGCAGACAUGGACACAUCUCAGGACUCUGUUUUCACCUGUGUGGCCAAGAAUAUUGUUGAGUCUUGUAUGAAUGGAUAUAAUGGUACAAUAUUUGCCUAUGGACAAACAGGCUCAGGGAAAACCUUCACUAUGCUGGGACCGUCUGAUCUGGACAACUUCACACAUGAGUUACGGGGUGUUAUUCCUCGAAGCUUUGAGUACCUGUUUUUUCUCAUUAGCAGAGAAGUUGAAAAGUCUUCCCAGUCAAAGAGUUUCCUGUGCAAGUGUUCAUUUAUUGAGAUUUACAACGAACAAAUCUACGACCUCCUGGACACGGCCUCCGCCAGCCUUUUCCUCAGGGAGAACAUCAAGAAGGGCGUGUUUGUUGAGGGAGCUGUGGAGAAGUUUGUCAACUCAGCCGCUGAAGCCUACCAGGUGCUGUCGAUGGGCUGGCGCAACCGACGUGUGGCCUCCACGUCAAUGAACCGAGAGUCCUCGCGAUCACAUGCUGUGUUUACGAUGACUUUGGAGUCCAAAGAGUCGAUCAAUGAAGUGGUGAACAUCCGCAUGUCCCAGCUGAACCUGGUUGACCUGGCAGGGUCUGAGAGACAGAAGGACACCCACACGGAGGGCUCCAGACUCAAGGAAGCCAGCAGCAUCAAUCGCUCCCUCAUGUGCCUGGGCCAGGUGAUCAUGGCCCUGGUGGACGUCUCCAAUGGGAAAAACCGCCACAUCUGCUACAGGGACUCAAAACUGACCUUCCUGCUCAGAGACUCACUCGGUGGAAAUGCAAAGACUUUCAUCAUAGCCAACGUGCACCCUGGUUCAAAGUGUUUUGGAGAGACUCUGUCCACCUUACAGUUUGCCCAGAGAGCAAAGUUAAUCAAAAACAAGGCUGUCAUCAACGAGGACACUCAGGGGAACGUCAGGCAGUUACAGGCGGAGGUGAAGAAGCUGAAGGAGCAGCUUGCACAUGCGAUGGCUUCUCAGGGAGUCGACUGUGGCAGAAACGUCGCACCUGGAGGACCUGAAGUCCCCACAGCAGGUGAAGAUGUACAACACGAUAUGUUGUAUAAAGCGAAGUUCGUGUCUGCAGUUCAUCUGUGGAAGAGGCAGGAUGAGGAGAUAAAGAUCCUUCUCACGAAGGUGGCUCAGCUCAAGGAGGCCUGUUCACAAAAGGACAAGUUCGUUGAAUCCAGCAAAAUGAUCACCAAGUUUCGGGAAGAGCACAUCUCUCGCCUUGAGAAGAAGCUGAAGGCUGGACAAAGCUCGCUGUCAGACGAGGAGUCCCAGACGAUAAACCAGCUGAAGGAAGAGAUUAAGAUCCUGAGACAUCAGGUUGAACAUCAUCCAAAGAUGACUCGAUAUGCUGCAGAGAAUUACAGCCUGAGGCAGGAAAACAGUCAGCUCCGUUCCCUUGAGUGGGUGACGAAAGCCCAAGAAGCUGAAGCUGAAGUUGCUGCUGAGUUGGAAGAAGCUUUUCAGAAGGUUCUGGAGUCUGAAGGUCUUACAGACGGUGCAGUCGUCCCCUCAGCCUCCGUGGCUUCAGAUAACGCAGCUGCCGUGGAGAGACUGAAUGCUAAACUGCUUCAGAAACAGUCGGACCUCACAGCCGCUCUUCAAGCCUUUGACGAGUACAAAGAAGUCACCAAGAAACAGAUGUCGCAGUUGGAAUCCGACAAAAGAUAUCUCGACAAGUCCAACAAGCAUUUGGAGAAUAUUUUGAAGGCUACAAACGAUUACAAAAACAAGGAGGUUUCUGAGCUGAACAGAAUCCACGUUGAAACUAUAAAGAUUCUCAGCACACCCACCAAAGCGUACAACCUGCGGUCGCGUUUGGUGCCUCUGUCCAGCCCGGAGCACCUGAACGGGACGGAGUGCGUCUCAGACGGCAUCUGGGCCGAGGAGCCGCCGUCAGACAUGGCCGAAAUGGCCUUGACAGAAGAACUGAGACAAGUCCAGGAGAACGCCAGUCACGUCCAGACGCAGCUGAACGAAGAGGAGCUGAAGAACAACAAGCUGACGCAGCAAAUUGUCAAACUUGAGGAGCAGAUUGUUUUGAUGUCUCAAGAGUUGGAAAGCAAAGAUCAGCUCAUCGCCACAGAGAGAGCGAACAGGAACAGUGAUCAGCUGACCGCUGAGGAGACGAUUAACAGCCUGCAGCAGAGCCUGCAGUCUGAACAGCAAGCCGCCGAAGUUCUGAGGACUGAGAUCCGUGAUCUCCGCCUGGUGCUGGAGUCGUCCGACAAGGAGCUGCAGUCCGUGAAGAAUGAGCUGAAAGACGGGCAGAGCGAGCAGCAGAGAGAGAUGAGCCAGCUCUCCAGCAGCCUGAUCGCCACACAGCUUCAGCUCGACAAAGUCCGGCUGGAGUGGGAGCAGCUGCUUGAGCAGCAUCGAGCUCUGCAGGAUUCGUUCGACCAGCUGCAGGCCGAGGCCAAGUUUGACGCCGAUCAGGCCAAAGAGCAGAUGACAGUCAGCCAGCAGGAAAUUGAAGAAUUGAAGACGCAGGUCUUGGAAUUAAAUAUUUCUUUACAAACUGAGCAAGAGCGAGCAAACGCUCUGAUCGCUCAGUUAAGAGAAAACAAAGAAAGCACAUCGAAAGAACUGAUUGAAACUGUGGAGCACAAUGCACACCUCAAGAAACAGAUCUCCGAUUUGACAGCUCAGAAUCAGCAGCAGAUUUCCAAGCUUGCUGAUCUUGAGCAAAACCUCACCUCUGCCAAUGAACGGAUCAAAAGCCUGCAGCAGAAGACCGAGCAGGACAGCGAUGUCGUCUUGGAUCUGAUCAACCAAACCAGAGACCUCCGCAGCGAGCUGAGCCAGAAGGACCAGACCAUCAGCCACCUCACUGAAGACUUCAGAGACAUCUCGGUCAAAUACAACGCCGCCUGCCUCGAACGGGAAGACGUCAGAGAGCAAAACUCUAAGCUGCAGGCCGAAAUCUCUGACAUGAAGUUAACUGUAGAAAAGAACACGGCAUCAAACAAAAUAGAGGUGGAGGUGCUGGAGGAGGAGCUGCUUUACGCCACCAAGGAGGUGGAAAGACUCACCAAGGUGUUGGAUGAGCUGAACAGCCUCCUCCUCGCAUCCCAGGAGCAAACCGCCCAGAAAGACGCCAUCAUCCAGGAUCUGAGGCAGAGGGUCCAACAGCAGCAGGAUGCGGUGGAGAAAACAGUCAGAAACGGGAUCUUCAAACCUCUCACUGAGCUGACAGUCACUCCCAAGUCAUCAGCGCUGACGCCUCGUACCCCAGUAAGCCUCAACAGGGAAGUGUCCGAGAUGCUGGAGAGCCAGGAGCGAGAGCUGGAGAACCGGCGCUCCUCCAUGAUGACCAUGGAGGUCCUGUUAGCAGAGCUGAACGCCGAGAGAACCGCCAAGAACGAGGAGAUCGAACGGCUUAAGAUGCAGUUGUCUGAGAAGGAGAUGAUGCGAAUGGAGAUUCAGGCUCUGCUCAAUGAGUUUUGCAUCGAGCAGAGCCACUCGACGCAGAACGGAAACCAAAACGGCGAGGGGUUGAAUGACGCCGUCAAACUGUCCCUGCUGAAAGAGCUGCAGGAGGAGAGAGCAGAGAAGAGCAAAAUGAAGCAGAAGCUGUGCGACGCUCAGAAGAGGAUGCAGACUCAGGAGUCCAUGCUGGCCCAGUCUCAGACCUGCGUCCAGGAGCUGACCACGGAGCUGAGGAACCGCUGCCUGGAGCUCAGAGACAUGAGUCUGCAGGCGCAGGACGAGCAGAAGCUGCUCCACGAGAACGAGGUUCUUCGUAGUCAGAACAUCAAGCUGUCGGAGGAAAAUGGCAAAUUGGUGGGACACAAGAACCACAAGCAGAAGAUCGAGUAUUUGGUCAAACUCAAAAAGGACAACACCCAUCUUCAGGAGGAGAACGUAAAGCUCCGGGCAGAGCUUUGCUUGUUGCGAGAGAGCGCUGGAUGUCCUCAGGAGACGGUGUGAAGCUCCAGUCUGUGGCCGGACAGUGAACGUCCUGCAGAGAAUCCACAUUACAGCUGCAACAGAAAAAGAUUGUGAUGUAUUGGGGUUUUUUUUCUCUCUCUCUCAUCUGUGAUACAAAGUGUGUAAUUUUACCUCUUGUGGGUUUUGAUGGGGGCUGUACUGCACCUUAUAAACAUCUGCUCUGGCAGCAGUGACGACCCCUACCUGGAACAAAACCUCCAUCGGCGCAGCUCCAACUUUUCUGGUGUCAGUACUUUCUGCCACGUUGGCCUCACGCUGCUUGGUUUUAUCUGCAAAUUUCUACAUGUUGACUGUAUGUCUGGUCCAUGAGUCCGUGGUAUGAUGUUUUUCAAUGAUUUAUUUUUUCCAUUGCAGGCCUGUGUCUUUCUCAGUACUGUAAUAAAAUGUUUUUUAAUAGCA